UGUGUGAAGACGUCAAGAGUGUCAGUGUCAAAAGUUAUUUCAGCCAAGUGUGUUUAUAUUCAAGCCAGAGUGUAGUGUGCUGUUCAGACAAGAUAAAAAGUGUCGAAGCAUUUCACCUUACAAGGAAUUACUAUUGAUUAAACUAGCUUAGAGCUUAUAUUCGUCAAAAUGCCACAACAACCUGAUACCCCAGGCUCACAGCGCUUAACAAACGAUGAUUUCCGUAAGUUACUACAAACUCCAAGAUCUACACCUUCGGGGACCCCUGCGCCCCCUUCUAUACGAGAGGUCAUCGCCAAUUCCACCACUAUGCCUCCCCCUAAAGAAGACAAAAACGAAUUGAGGCGCAAAAAGAAGAGUUUCUAUGCAAAAUUGAAGAAACAAGAGGACAAUAAAAUGGCUGAAUUGGCCGAAAAAUACAGAGACAGAGCCAGCGAGAGACGACAAGGCGUAAAUCCGGAUUAUCAAGCCGACGAUCCAGCCCAAACUGCUCAAGCUUACAGAGCCGUAGCACCAGAUUUGAAAUCCUGCUUCGAUGCAGCAGAACGUAGGAAGAGAAUGAUCCAAGAAUCGAAAUUCUUGGGAGGUGACAUGGAGCACACUCACUUGGUGAAGGGUCUGGAUUACGCCCUUCUACAAAAGGUACGCAGUGAAAUACAACAAAAAGAAAUGGAACAAGAGGUGGAAUUGGAAAAAUUAGCCACGAAAACUAUCGAAGAAAAGGAGAAGAAGGAAAUGCAAAAGAAGGAAGAGGAGGAAUUAAAGUUCCAGACUAAAAUUGGAAGAGCCAUCUAUCACACAGUGCACGCUUUGAAAUCCAGGCAUAUAGAGAAAUCUGAACUGUUCAUUCCAGGUCGGAUGGCUUACGUCAUUGAUUUGGAGGAUGAUGCCGAAUCUGAUAUUCCCACCACCGUUAUUCGAUCAGUAGCAGAUGUACCGUCGUUUGAAUUAACAACAACCUUAACCACCAACGAUAUUGUCAUCAACAAGUUAACUCAAAUUCUGAGUUAUUUGAGACAAGGUAAUCGCAAAUAUAAGAAGGGCAAAAGGCCUCUCACUGAGAACAAUAAAGAGAUUGAGAUGGAACCUGAGCAAAAAAGGGCGAAACGUCCAGAUUUCGAUGACUCAAUCUAUGGCGACAUAGGAGAUUACGUCCCUACCAAAUCAAGCAAGGACAAAGAUAGGAGCAAACGUCAACCUUACUUUGACAAGCACGAAGAACAAGUGGAUAACAACGCUCCCACCCUCAAGGUCAAUAAGUCGGCUCAGAUCCUGAACAAGUUAACACAAGAACCCGAAGGUUACGCCGAGUGUUAUCCAGGUCUGGAAGAGAUGAACGACGCAAUCGAUGAUUCGGACGAUGAGGUCGAUUACUCCAAGAUGGAUCUUGGUAAUAAGAAGGGUCCGAUCGGAAGGUGGGACUUUGAUACCGCCGAAGAAUAUUCUGACUACAUGAAUCAGAAGGAGGCCCUUCCUAAGGCUGCGUUCCAGUACGGUCUCAAGAUGGCUGACGGUAGGAGGAGUAGGAAGCACAAGGAUAAGAACGAGAAGGCUCAUUUGGACAGGGAAUGGCAGAAAAUACAGAAUAUGAUACAGAAAAGGAAGUGAAUUCUUGUAUAUAGAUUUUUGGUGAUGUAUAGUGAAUUUUUUUAUUGCGAUCAAUUUAUUGUUUAUAGAUUUGAAAGUAAUUCCUUUGUACACUUUGAUAAGUGGCGAUUUUUCAUUCAUUAUUAUCGUUGUUAGAUAAUAACUAGAAAUAAUGCACUUUCAUUGUCCUCAUAUGCAUAUAUAGGGUGUUCCCAUUAGAAGUUUAUUGUAUAUAGAACUCCAUG